GUUGAAAAUUAUGUUACCGGUACCGUCAAUUAUUAUGAAUGAAAGCGCUUCAAAAAAGUCUUUCAAUUUUUCAAAUAAUAAAUAUUUGUACGCCGAGAUUCAUAAUAUGCAAAAAGGAAUGGUUUAGCAGAUGUUCUGUUCAGUCUGAGAGAUUGGAGAUUGAGAUGAUGUCUGACACUGACGACAUAGCAGAGAUCUGUCUUCAGUCUUCCCUGACCAGUAAAACGUGGGACCCAGGAGAUGGUGUCAUUUCAGAGGCCAUUUAUUUUGAUCACCUCCCAUCUUAUGAACAGAUGUUUCAGAAAAUUCUGCUGAAAAAUCAACUCUGCAUCAUCGGCCCUUUUGUGACAGCAGCUUGGCCCAGCAGACAACUUUGGGUACAGAAAAAUGGAACACCUAAUUUUGAAUACAUCGGGAAGCAUUUUGGGGAUGCAACAGCUCCAGUUGCUGAUUGUAGUGGUGAAGAAUUUUGUUCUCAUCCCAAAUCAGAAAUGAAAGUUCAAGAAUUUUUGACAUACUGGCAGGAUUACGCAGAAAAGGGGUAUCCAGCCAAUGAAAAAUGCCUUUACUUAAAGGAUUGGCAUUUUACUCGUGAUUUCCCAGAUUCCAAGGUGUACACUCCCCCAGCAUUUUUGUGCUCUGAUUGGAUAAACGAGUUCUGGGACUCUGCAGUGGAAGAAACUGCUGAGGACGAUUACAAGUUUGUGUACAUGGGACCUCGUAAUUCAUGGACACCCUUCCAUGCUGACGUGCUCCAUUCCUACAGCUGGUCUGCCAACAUUUGUGGUCGCAAAAUGUGGAUAUUUUAUCCUCCAGGAGCAGAAGCAGGUCUCCGGGACAGACAUGGUCAGUUGGUGUUUGACCUUCGCAGCUCAGAGCUGAAAGAUGACCUCACAUUCUCCAACGCCUCGAGGUCAUCUGGUGCUGCUAUCACCGUUAUUCAGGAACCAGGGGAGAUAAUCUUUGUCCCAAGUGGCUGGCACCAUCAGGUCUUCAACUUGGAGGACACAAUUUCCAUCAACCACAACUGGACAAACGGAUGUGGGGCUCAUCUCUCGUGGGCGUUCUUAAAGUCUCGUCUCACUGCUGUCCAGAAAGAGAUAGAAGAUUGUCGGGCCAUGGACGACUGGGAUCUCCACUGCCAGUUGAUCCUGAAAUCAGACAGUGGAAUGGAUUACAAAGAUUUCUUCAAUUUCUUGUCUGUAAUUGCUGAGCACAGAAUUCUGGCUCUGCGCCAAGAGUGUGUGACUGAUGUCUGUGAUAGGAAUGGCUCAAGGUCGUGGAAUCAGAGGCCAGGCAAAGAAAGUGGGCGGUGUUGUCUGUGUUUGCUAACAUCAGAGCAGUUUUGUGGUGCAGUCUCUGGCAGUGAAAGCACGCAUGAGGACGUUUGUGAUGGAGGUAACGCUCAUGCAAGUAGGAGGACAUACUCUCCUUGUAAAGAUGAAGCUCAUAUAGAUGUAGCCCCUUCAGAACUGUCGUCCCCAGCACAACGUCAUGCAGAAGAACUUGCUGAGAAAAAAAGGAUUUCUGACAUCUUGACUGUUGGUGGAAAUAAUCAUUUAAACUGCCCUCAUUGGGCCCACAGUGGUCCAAAUCUGGCUGUGUUUGACCUUCGGCGGAUUAAGGUCAUUGUGCACAACAUGCUGGAACAGUCAGAGUUCAAGGCCGUCCUGCCUCAGUUGACUUCCGAGCCUAGAGAGCUGAUUUUGAACAUAGACAAGGUUCUUGAUUGCCAUAGGUGAUUAAUAAAUAAUUUAUAGCCUAUUUUUAUAUUUUAAA